UGAGGUGGGCCUCGCAUGGGGGUGGGGCUGAGCCACAGGGGCCUGAGAGCUGCAGCCGGUGGACAUGGCGCGGCUGUUGGGUACCUGCGGCCUCCAGAGGCUCCCGAGGCUGUAUCAUUCGUUGCCCCGUCCGGGCGCGUCCCCGUUGGGAUGUGUGCGCCGGGCGGCGAGGAGGUGCCCUGUGGGCCUCCCGGGGCCCAGGAGUUGGGCGCCAUCAGUCGGCCGCGCAGACACGAAGGGCGGGCGGUGCCGAGGGCCGCACUCCCCCGAGGGCGGGUCCGUGCAUCAGGAUACCUCGGGGGGCCUCGGGCCUCCGUCCCCGGGACUCUCCCGCAGGAGGGCUUUCCGCAACACCGCCGCCGAGGUGCACGAGUGGGGCGAUGGCGGUGGCGAUGCGAUCACAGAGUCCGAAGUGCAAUCCGAGCCGCUGAGAAGGAACACUACGUACUGGUACUUCCUGCGGUGCAAAGAGCUGAUCAAAAAUAACAAGCUGAGUGAGGCUCUGGUCAUGUUUGAAACACGAAUGCUGAAAGAGGAGCAACUGCCACCAGAGGAGUAUAACUACACAGUGCUGAUAGGGGGCUGCGGGCGAGCAGGGUACCUGAAAAAGGCCAUCAGAUUGUACAAUGAUAUGAAGAAGAGGGCUAUAAUCCCCAGUGAAGCCACGUACACCGCCCUGUUCAACGCCUGCGCGGAGUCGCCAUGGAAGCACUCUGGUCUGCAGUUUGUCAUCAAACUCCGGGAAGAGUUGAAGCGCAAGAACAUCCAAGCCAACCUGCACACCUACCACUCCAUGCUGAAGGCCUUCGCUAUCUGCUCUGACCUCAGGGCCUGCUUCCAAGUGCUUCAGGAAAUAGUUCACAGUGGUCACGAGGUGAAUGAGAUCACAUUCAGCAACUUGAUGAUUGGAUGCAUCAACGACACCGAGAACGGCUUCAGGUGCCUUUUGCAGAUUUGGCGACAGAUGCUCAAACUGGGGAUCCGGCCCGAUGCCAAGAGCUACAACCUGCUGCUGCGAGCCGCGAGGGACUGUGGGAUCGGGGAGCCCUCCAUGGCCUCUCGCUUGCUGUUGGACGAGGAUGACAGCGUGCGGAGCUUGCAGCAGCGCAGGAAGGUGCGGAGGCUGAAAGGGCAAAAAGAGAAGCACAAGGAGAAAAGCACAGGGAGCUUGGACGUGGACCUUUUGGAGCAACAGAUAUUUGCAGACGUCUCCUUCCUGCCCGAGGACGGAGACAAAGCUGGAGGCGCUGGAUCCACAGCGCGAAUCAAUCCCGAAUCCACAUGGAUACCAGUCAAAGCACCAGAGCCACUGUCCAGCCCAAGUCAAGAAAACAAACUAUUGCAAAGGGAAGAGCAAUCAACGGAUCUGGUUCCCGCUACCCAAAUCUUUACAGUGGAUUCAAACGCCAGCAAACUGUCUGUCUCAGGCCACAGUGACGGCCCACUUAACCUCCUGGACCUCCAGGUUCAUAAAGGGAACGUUAUCUCGUUGGGAGCAGCAGGGAGACCGUGUGAUAGACUCGCGCUGAUCGGAAAUCUGAGCGGCCUCCUCGGUAAAAUGAAGGCAGACGGCGUGCGGCCAGAUAUUAAGACCUUCACACUGUUGGUUGACGUGAUGGACUUGGAGAACGACUCCGAGUCCUCCUUGUUGACUCUCAUGGACGAGCACAGGGUGAAAGCAGACAUUUCAUUCUUCAACACCUUGGUCAGAAAGAGGAGCAAGAUGGGUGACCUGGAGGGGGCAAAGGCGGUGAUCCGCUUGCUGACAGAGCGCAGCCUGACACCCAACAUGUACACCUUCUGUAACCUGGCAAUCGCCUGCAGGAAAAGCUGCGACGGACUCCAGCUCUUGUCUGACAUGAAGAUGUCUGGAGUUAUCCCCAAUGUCAACGUGUACAGCACACUGAUCAACGCUGCAGCCAAGCAGCUGGACUACGUGUUCCUCAUUGACGUCCUCCGAGAUAUGGCCAGAAAUCAGGUCUCACCCAACCAGGUCGUUCUUAGACAACUGGAGUUUGCAGCCAGCUACCCUCCCAAAUUUGACCGGUACAAGUCAAAGAAUACCUACCUGGAAAAGAUCGAUGGCUUUCGUGGCUUCUACUACCAAUGGCUGACAUGGAUGCCUGUGGCUGAGACACCUCACCCGUGGGAAAGAUACAGAAUUAAGAAAGUUUCCUCAACCCAGGAGGAUCAACCCAAUCAAAGCGAUGUUAAAACAACAACAACAAAAUUAAGGCCAGAGAAAAAGAAGAAAAGCAAAGUACAUUAAAGCAACAAGACUACUGCCGUGCCUGCAAGGACUCCCAUUUCUAGUGACCCUCAUCCCGACUAGACUUUGCCAUUGGUCUCACAUUGGGUCCUUGGGCUGAAGUUGAUGGAUACCUAUUGAGGGCACUAGAUAUCGAUCACAAUGGUCUAUAGAGGUCAAUAUUGUAAAUGUGUAAAAAUAAAGCUGGUGACUAACUGA